CACAGCCUUGCACAGAAGCUGGAGGCUGUCAGCGAAGAACGAGAAAGGAAAGAUCUUGUAUGUUCAAAAGAAAAAAAUACAUUAUCAGCCCUCUAAAAGGACGUUUUGGAGCCCCUUCUUUUGUGGAUCUGCUGGAGUUUCAAUACUUACACAAAACACAGCUGUUGCAGAGAUAACAUUGCUAUGGAAAACGGGUAUUGUGUUUGCUGGGAUCCUUCAAAGGGAUUAAAAAAUAUCUUGUUUUGUUGAGGUGUUUUGUUUUUUUACAUGCUGCAUGAAUUUGGAGAAUUUGAAGGGUGAUAAUGCUUGUGUAUUCAUUUCUAUGAGAAACGUCAAUGUGCAGAGAAACAAGAGGAAGCACAUUUAACUCUGCCAUUUGCUGCAUAGAAAAAGCGUGAUUUUCGUAUUAACUGUGCUGCAUUUUUAAUUUUUAGUUUGAUUUUAAUCUUCAUUAGAGCACGCUACACAUUCAUGCAGCAGGGUGCCCCUUGGGAUUUAAGAGAAGCGGAGCCCGCAAAACGUCUUUUUACGGAUUUUCCUAUUUUUUCCUCCUCUAUCAGGAAGCAUUUAACACGGACAGCCUGGAUGUGUCUGCUGCUCCCUGUGUGUGUCAUGAAAUCUGCAACAUGUUGGAGAUUGGAAUUAAGGAGCAUUUUGUAGACAAAACAGCCUGAAUUCUCUGCAAGCAAAAAUCAUGCCUAUUCUUUGAAGGAAUCCUGUGUUUUUUUCUUUUCUUUGCAGUAGGAAAUCCUGCAGGAAUCGAGUCUAGUUUUACAAGGCAGAGGAAAACAGUGGGUCAGAGAAACAACAAUCCCCGUUUAAUGAAUAAGUGGCCCAAUACUGAUAUUUUUUGAUGUUUGGGUAUCAACUGAAUUUGCAUUUUCUUCUACUUGGAUUUAUUUUUUGUUUAAAAGGCGGGAGUGAUUUUUAUUUGGAUUUCUUGUUCUUAUUUUUAUAUCAUCACCACAACCCUUUUGCUUCAAGAAAAUUCUUUCGUUUUUUUUCAAGCACUAAAAAGAGGCCCCAUCUAGGAAGGAUGUGUUAUUUUUAAUUUAUACUAUAUGUACUGUGGAAUCCUUUCGUGACCUCAUAUACCUUUCUUAAAAUCAAUGUACAGAUCCCCCCACAUCCUCAAAGAUUUUUCUCCACUGUCUUUAAAAUUCACCAAAAAUAUAGAUAUUUAAAAACCUAUUUUUUAAAGUAAUAACGAGAACUUGGACUGGUUCUAAUAAGAUUACAUAUUGUGUUGGGGAAAACAAAGCUUUAUUUUUACCUUUAUUUAUUGUUUGGGUUAUUUUGGUUUUACCUUUUUAUUUUUUAAAGACUGCUGCUGUGAAGGUAGAGGGUUUUUGUUGUGUUGCUGUAUUUCCCCCCUUGUGGUGUAUAUCUGUGGCCGGGUUUGGCGGCGGCUGCUGUGUGUGCUGCAGCUCUACUCUCUCUCAAACAUGGCGGACCUGGAGGCGGUGCUGGCCGAUGUCAGCUAUCUGAUGGCGAUGGAGAAGAGCAAGUCCACCCCGGCUGCCAGGGCCAGUAAGAAGAUUGUGUUACCUGAGCCCAGCAUCAGAAGUGUGAUGCAGAAAUAUCUGGAUGAGCGAGGUGAACUGACCUUUGACAAAAUAUUCAACCAGAAGAUUGGGUUUUUGCUGUUUAAAGAGUUCUGCACAAAUGAAAUAGAUGAAGGUGUUCCACAGCUCAAGUUUUAUGAAGAGAUAAAAGAAUAUGAGAAGCUGGAUUCUGAGGAAGACCGCCUUUGUAGAAGUCGACAGAUUUAUGACACAUACAUAAUGAAAGAGCUACUAUCUUGUUCACAUCCAUUUUCCAAGCAUGCGGUAGACCAUGUACAAGCACAUCUUGCUAAGAAACAAGUGCCGCCUACUCUAUUCCAGCCAUACAUAGAAGAAAUCUGUGACAGCCUUCGGGGCAAAAUAUUUCAAAAAUUUAUAGAAAGUGACAGGUUUACUAGGUUUUGUCAGUGGAAAAAUGUUGAAUUAAAUAUUCAUCUUACCAUGAAUGACUUUAGCGUUCAUCGAAUCAUUGGACGAGGUGGAUUUGGAGAAGUUUAUGGUUGUAGGAAAGCAGAUACUGGUAAAAUGUAUGCAAUGAAAUGCCUUGAUAAGAAGAGGAUUAAGAUGAAACAAGGAGAAACGCUAGCCUUAAAUGAAAGAAUUAUGUUGUCCCUAGUCAGCACAGGCGACUGUCCAUUUAUAGUGUGCAUGACCUAUGCCUUCCAUACACCUGAUAAACUUUGUUUCAUACUGGAUCUCAUGAAUGGUGGGGACUUGCACUAUCACCUCUCACAACAUGGAGUGUUUUCAGAGAAGGAGAUGAGGUUUUAUGCUGCUGAAAUUAUCCUGGGUCUGGAGCACAUGCACAAUCGUUUUGUUGUUUAUCGAGACUUGAAGCCAGCAAAUAUUCUAUUGGAUGAACAUGGACAUGUAAGGAUAUCAGAUCUGGGCCUUGCAUGUGAUUUCUCCAAAAAGAAGCCACAUGCUAGCGUAGGGACACAUGGAUACAUGGCUCCUGAGGUGUUACAGAAAGGAACAGCAUAUGACAGCAGCGCAGAUUGGUUCUCUCUUGGGUGCAUGCUUUUCAAACUUCUGAGAGGCCACAGUCCAUUCAGACAGCAUAAAACCAAAGACAAACAUGAGAUUGACCGCAUGACUCUCACUAUGAACGUUGAGCUGCCAGAUUCAUUUACCCCGGAGCUCAAAUCCCUAUUGGAGGGCCUUCUCCAGAGAGAUGUGAGCAAGAGACUCGGCUGUCAGGGAUGCAGUGCACAUGAAGUAAAGGAGCAUCCUUUUUUCAAAGGCAUUGACUGGCAACAAGUGUAUUUGCAAAAGUAUCCCCCUCCAUUGAUUCCUCCACGUGGUGAGGUAAAUGCUGCAGAUGCUUUUGAUAUUGGAUCAUUUGAUGAAGAAGAUACAAAAGGCAUUAAGCUUCUUGAUAGUGAUCAAGAAUUGUACAAAAACUUUCCUUUGGUGAUAUCUGAGAGAUGGCAACAAGAAGUAGCAGAAACUGUGUAUGAUGCAGUCAAUAGCGACACAGAUAAAAUUGAAGUUAGGAAGAGAGCGAAAAACAAGCAACUUGGACAUGAAGAAGAUUAUGCACUAGGUAAAGAUUGCAUUAUGCAUGGCUACAUGCUGAAGCUUGGGAAUCCAUUCCUGACUCAGUGGCAACGACGUUACUUUUACCUCUUUCCAAACAGACUUGAAUGGAGGGGAGAAGGGGAGUCUCGGCAAAAUUUGUUAACCAUGGAACAGAUAGUAUCUGUGGAAGAUACACAGAUUAAGGACAAGAAAUGCAUCUUGUUAAGGAUUAAAGGAGCAAAGCAGUUUGUUCUACAGUGUGAGAGUGAUCCAGAAUUUGUACAGUGGAAGAAAGAACUGACAGAGGCAUUCACUGAGGCUCAGAGGCUGUUACGCCGAGCUCCAAAGUUUCUGAACAAGUCCAGAUCUGCAGUUGUAGAGAUCUCCAAACCACCACUAAGUCACAGAAAUAGCAAUGGCCUUUAAGUGGCACGAUAGGACCAAGAGUUCUUAGGGAUAACUGCUUAUGCCACCUUGCCCAAGGUCCACAGCAUCAAUUUUAGUUCCUUAUAUGGCCCUUCGCAGCAAGGUGUAAGCAUUGGAAGCCUGUUUAACAUAUUGUCUACUGAAGAUUGGACUUAACAUCUAAUGAUGUUUAGAAGAGUGCACACAAUCUGAGGCAAUGAAAAGAUGAAUUUUCACUAAGAGGAGUUUUGAAAGUUGCCAAAUUUAGUGAUUGCUCAUCAUUCUCAUGCAUCAGUUUUACUGAAGAUGUCUAGAAUGGCCUGCCUCGUAGUGCUUUAAAAGCAAGAACGUCAACCAUUGCUUUGUUUUUGGCAUAUGAGUGCUUUGUUAUAUGCCAAGCAAGAAUUCAAAAUGGUUUUUGCAGUAGUUACUUUUAUGUUGAUCUUACAUUUGAAAUUCAACAUAUCUCUGGAUGUGUUAUGAAGGCAUUUUCAGCGUGGUAAGAAUGUUCUCCUGAUGAUAGAUUUCCUGAGUGUUGCCAUAUUCCCCCAUGCCUACUUUGUCCUCCCAACUUGCACUGUUGACUUUGUAUAACUGGCAGUGUGAUGAUACUUUUAUGCACUUCAGAGUACUGACUUUUAUCUGUCCUGUGGUUACAAGAUGUAGAUACUUCAUGGGAAUUACCCAAAUAUUCAUACAGUUAUGUGUGUUCACCAAUAUAGUGGCUACCACUGUCUUGCUUUUUAUGAGGAUAGACAUAGCAUAGUAAUUAUCAGUGAGGUUGAGUGCAUGGUAGCUUUGUCCAGUGGUCUUUAGCCAGUAAGCAAGUAUAGCACAGUGCUUAGGCAGGUCUCAUUCUUCAAAUAAGUUUACAAUAAAUAUAAAGACAGUUGAUUUUC